CAUUUUGCUAAACCGGUAACAAAGUCUCAGCCGGGAUUAAAACAGCUGAUCUGUGACCAAGCAAACUUGACUGCCGCACCGACUGUCGCACCGGGUUUUAAACUAACUAUAGAUUGUCUUUUUUUUCUAGCUGGUGUAAUACCGCGUAUAUCAAGCAGAAAAUAACCGGGUCUAACGAGAGAAGAGAACGGGAGAGAGAGAGAAUGUCGACUGAUAUUAGAAUCUGAUCGUGAGAGAAGAAGGCGGCACAAUUAUUGAAAAUUCACGCGAUCUUUCGGCGAUCAAUUGGUUCUCUUCUGAGAGGGAGAAAAAGAGAGAGAAAGAGAGAGAGAGACAGACGAGGAAAGAGAGAACACGAAACAUGGAGAUUGAACAACAAUAUGCUCUCUCGAUUGGGUCUGCGUGUGCGCAACGUCGUCGUUUACUUACAACCGAUUGUGCUUUUUAAAAAUGCCGGACAUUACAGCGAGAUGCUCUACCGUCUGUCAAACCUAACUCUCGACAGUCUUCCGCCGUUGUACCUACAAGAUUUGAACAGAACGUACGGUGACAUCUCUUGUUGAGCUGUGACACGGAGAAGAAAAAAUACGCGGUGGAGAAUCGGCGGUCUACGUCUUACGGAAGGUCGUGGUGCGGUAGCCGCUCGUCGAAUUGAGCGCGUAGUUUGUGCGGUAGCCACCGCGGUCGGUUAACGAGAAAAUUAGUUCUCUCUUUCCGUCCUUGUCCCUUGGCGUUGCGCACCGUUGUGUCGCGGUCAAACCGCGCGCACCUCGCUUAUCAGUGAAUUAUACCCUAUGUUUUACAUACGUUUUAAUCGCACAUCAUCAAACGUUGUCGCGAAGAAAAGAGAGAGAGAAUGUGUGUGUGUGUGUGUGUGUGUGUGCGUGCGUGUGUCCCAGUGUGUCCUCUUGAUCAAUGAUGCAUCGUAUCUAGCCACGUUCGUCCCGUCAACGGGUGUCGUCCAUAUGCAACAUUCCUCGGCCGGUUUCCGCGACCUCGCCGCGGCACUUCGAUCGUAACGACAUCCGCAGAUAAUACGCGGCGGUGCGCGAGUCGCGGCUCUCCGCAAAGAAGUGCGCCGCUUUGGGGAAGAGGGAGAGGAAAAGAGAAAUAUAGGAGGAGAGAGAAAGAGAACGUUAGUGCGAUGCGCCACGAUGUCGCGCUACGUUCCUACUAUUGCGUGCCGCACGCUCUAAUUGUCUUGUACGCGUAAUUCGGUGCUGCGAUGGACUGAUACAUUUUUGCCGCGCGCUCAAACAACAAUCGCUCCGGAAAGCAAAAGAGAGUUACAAUGAGUUCACAACCGAUUGUGGUACCUGGAGAUCAUCACCGUCCUCAGGUGGAGACUCAUUCUGUGUCAGUUGGGAGUUCGACAGAUCCUUUCAAGACCAUGACACCGCCGAAUGUUAGCCGCUCUCUCAGUCAACCAGCGGAUCGACAACCCCGACGAAGCAGCAUCCAAGCACAGUCUACACCAUUACCUAAACUUCCGUCAACCGAGUCCCUCACGACAAGCGUAAAUAUUACAGCCGGUGCACCUCCAGUUUCUCCAGGGCUUUCCGCAAUGGGUGAAGGUCAGAAAUUCGAUAAUUCAUCAGAUAAGUCAAUGGAUUCGUGUAAAUUAACACGAAAAGAAUCGUACAAAGCUCAGAGGAAGAAUUAUCGAAUGGAGAAGAAAAGAGUGGCGAACGAGCUCUUAAGUUCUUUUAAGGAUCCAACCGUUAUUGUUAUGAGUGAUUGGCUGAAGAUUCGCGGCACGUUGAAAAGUUGGACGAAGUUAUGGUGCAUUUUGAAACCCGGAUUACUGCUAAUAUACAAAAGUCCCAAAACUAAAAGCAAUCAUUGGGUGGGAACGGUACUACUUAACACGUGUCAAGUUAUAGAACGUCCGAGUAAGAAGGAUGGAUUUUGUUUCAAAGUGUUUCAUCCUUUGGAACAAUCUAUAUGGGCUCCUCGCGGUCCGGAGAAAGAAGCUAUCGGUGCAGUUGUACAACCGCUGCCAACGUCUUAUUUAAUUUUUCGAGCGCCAUCUCAAGCGGCAGGGAAAUGCUGGUUGGACGCACUUGAACUGUCGUUGCGUUGCUCUUCGUUGAUAGUGCGCUCGACAAGCGCAUUACCGCGUCCUUUGCCGCACGAUGCCACCACCACUCAUGAGACUCAAUGGAGCGAGGCUGAUUAUGAAAAGCACUUUGACGAUCAUGCAACAUAUUUGAGUCGUUACGCUCCGAGAUCUCCCACGACUCCCCAGAAGCGGUUGCUGUCAUGUCCCCAGUCGCUUACACCCGCCACGUGCGAUUCUAGGAGCGUUUGCCCUUCGCCGUCUCCCAUGUUUCAGCAGCUUUAUCACGCGGUCGCGUAUUGGGAAAAGCAAUUGCUUGAUCGAUCACCGACACCUGGCACAGAUCAGGAGAAUAUCGCGUAUCCCAAUGAGGAAUCAAACGCUGGCAACACUCAAUCGUCUGAUUCCUCCCGUCCUGCCUCUUCAUCUUAUCCAGCAAUUUUCCCGACACGUCGUAUGACCGUUCCUUCUGUACAUGUCUUAGAGUACGAAACCCGUAAAGUAGUAACGCUAGAUCCCCCUGUGUAUACCUCGCAUACAGACCUGGACGAUAUCAGUCAGCCAGAGAAUGGAGUAGCAGCCGACGCAGAAAUUAGCGCCUCGGAUAGCGAAUCCGAAGCGUCAGCUAAAGAAGAUCAGGAUCAAUGUUCCGAGCAAAUUACCGAAACGCCAUAUGUGGCUAACGAAAACGAAGUUCUUGGAACGGCUGGCGAAGUUGUUGCGGAAUUACAAGAGGAACAAAAAUCCUUGAUAUGGUUCUUGAUGAAACAAGUUCGUCCUGGCAUGGAUCUGUCUAAAGUUGUAUUGCCGACAUUCAUUUUGGAGCCACGUUCGUUUCUGGAAAAACUGGCCGAUUCGUAUUAUCACGCUGAUUUAUUGUCUCAAGCUGUGUUAGAAGACGAUGCAUUUACGCGUAUGAAGGCAGUAGUUAAAUGGUACCUAUCGGGCUUUUAUAAGAAGCCACAAGGUCUGAAAAAACCGUAUAAUCCGCUAUUAGGCGAAACAUUCCGCUGCUAUUGGCAACAUCCUAAUGGCUCCAGAACUUUCUACUUAGCCGAACAAUUAUCGCAUCAUCCGCCGAUCUCGGGAUUUUACGUAACAAAUCGCCAAGAUGGAUUUACUAUCAGCGCUACAAUUAUCGCGAAAUCCAAAUUUUAUGGCAAUUCAACUUCCGCCGUACUAGACGGUGUGGCUGUGCUAACAAUGCUGCCGAGAGGCGAGGAUUAUACAAUGACAAUUCCGUAUGCACACUGUAAAGGUAUUCUCAUGGGAACAUUGACCAUGGAGCUUGGCGGAAAAGUAAAUAUAACGUGCGAGAAAACCGGUUAUCAUACUGAAUUAGAAUUCAAAUUGAAGCCAUUUAUUGGCGGUGCGGAACAAAUGAAUCAAGUUGUCGGACGAAUACGUUUGGGAAAGGAAACUUUAGCCACUAUAUCAGGAUAUUGGGACGGACAGAUUUUAAUAACGGACAAGCGAACCGGACAAGAAAGUAUGUUCUUCAACCCGACUCCAGAAGUACGUAAAAACAGGUUAAAGAAGUACACUGUCCCACUGGAAUAUCAAGGAUCGUGGGAGAGCGAGAAAUUGUGGUACGCUGUCACGCAAGCUAUCAACAGGGACGAUCAGCUUGCUGCUACUGAAGAGAAAACUCGACUCGAGGAAGCGCAAAGAGCACGUGCCAAAGAACGAAAGAGUUUGGGACAGGAAUGGAUCCCCAAAUAUUUCGUUCAAGAUAUUAUAACAGGAAAUUGGGUCUAUCGCCAUGCCGACGUAAGACCAUGGGAUCCGAGAAACGACGUGGUUCAAUACGAAGAAAAUUACGUAGUGCGCACAAAGACUAGACAUAAAACACCUAUAAUGCGUACUGGUAGUAUUGUUUCUACUGAACCACAAACACAGAUUCCAUUAUUACAAGCUGAAUCACGUUCCUCUUUAUCAGUGCUCAAAUCUUCAAAGAGACAGUUGUCUAAUAAUAUGCCUUUAACGGAGCCAGCUCAUGAUUCCGGGAGUUCAUCUGCCGAGGCACAUACUGAUUCUAGUCAAUCGUUAGGAAAACGAAGACGUUCAGCUGCUAGGAUAAUAGAUGUAAUAAAGGAAGUGGAAAAUCAAAUGCUGGAACACGGCGAGAAACUGGCACGUAUACAGCAGAUAGUGGAACAAGUUGCGAGAAAACAGAGAGAGUUCGGUGAACAGCAUCACAAUCCAACCACGUUCAAAAGCGUCGCAGAUACUAUACUUAUUGUUAUUAUUCUCUUUUCGGUACAGUAUUUCGUAAGCAUGUGGAACAUCAGUCCUACUAAGGGUUGAGAAACUUGAUAACGUUUUUUCGUAUAAUAUAUUUUUUGUUUUAUUACAACGUCAUUGUGAAUCGUAUUGGUUUUAUACAUCUUUAGCAUUUUGGUGUCGGUUCUUCGUGACAUACAAUAAAAUUGUUUUGUGGAAAAAGAAAUACAUAUAAAUAAUUUAUAUUUAAAAAAAAUAAAAUGUGUU